ACGUGACACCGGCUGGAGGGGGGCUGGUUGCGUAGUUGACUUCCCUCUCAAGUUCAGUCUCACUUAUUUAUGCAAUUGUCCCCGUCCGAUUCACACUUCAAGCAGAGAAAAUGGAGACAGGUGCAAGUACGGUGAGUGGAUAUGAAGAAAAGGAUGAGGAUCUUAGGCCCGAAGAUCUGUCUGAGAUGCUGGGAGCAGGGACCCGUGAAAUUCAUGAAAAGGCUGAGAAUACUCAAUUUGUAAAGGAUUUUCUCAGGGGUAACAUUUGUAAAGAGCUUUUUAAGCUUGGUGUAGUGGCACUUUACUACACAUAUACUGCAUUGGAGGAGGAAAUUGAGAGGAAUAAAGAGCAUCCAAAUUUUGCCCCUUUAUAUUUUCCUGCAGAGCUUCAUCGCCAUGAAGCCUUAGCUCGUGACAUUGAAUUCUUUUAUGGCCCUGAAUGGAAAAGCCAGAUCAGCUACUCUGAAGCUACAAAACAAUAUGUAGAACGCAUUCAUCAAGUAGGACAGGAGGAUCCAGUGUUGCUCGUGGCUCAUGCCUACACUCGCUACAUGGGCGACUUGUCCGGAGGUCAAGUUUUAAAGAAGGUUGCACAGAGGGCUCUGAAGCUUCCUCCCACAGGAGAGGGCCUGGAGUUCUAUCAUUUUGAGGGCAUUCAUAGCCCCAAAGCUUUCAAACAGCUUUACCGCAGUCGGAUGAAUGAGCUGGAGUUGGAUGUGGAAACAAAGAAAAGGCUUGUGGCUGAGGCUGUUAAGGCCUUCCACUUAAACAUAAAGGUAUUUGAAGAAUUAGAUGACAUUGGUAAAAACAUUCCAAGAGAGGUGUCUGAUGCUGGCAUGUCCCACCAUGGAGCAAUGGGAGGAGACAUUAAUAAAUGUCCUUAUUAUGCCGCUAAAAUGGCAGCUUCAGGUGGGACUGCGUAUGUUGGUCAACUUGUCUUGGCUGUACUCAGACACCCAACUGGACAGGUCCUUUUUGCUACUUGGUUUGCUGCUUUGGCUGGGCUGGCUGCAUGGUAUUUAAUGUGAUACAGAUGUCAGCUGCUCUGUUGAUAGAUAGGAGUAUGAACUAUGACAAGCCUCAAGAAAACCUUUUAAACCCUUAACUAUUAACUCUCCUAACUAGGAUUAUGUGGAACUGAACUAAAAGUGUUAGUGUAAUCCAACAUGACACUUAGGAUGCAAAUUACUAUUUCAAAGUCAGUGCUUUUUUUGAGUUGAAGGGAGUGUUGUAAAUGCAUAUGCAAAGGAUAUGGUUUUAUUUUGGCAUUUGUACAAUUAUUAUAGAGCAAUGGAUUUGACAAAUUAUCCUAUAGGCAAUGUUAUAGCACCUCAAACAGUACUGUACUUAAAUGCAGGGAUUGCAUUUUAUUUUAACAUGAAAUUUGGCAGAUUUUAAAUAAAAAUAUUUUUGACUAUAUACUACUGAUAAAUCAGAUUGACAAGAAAAUGUCAUUAUGGUUUAUUGUUAAAAAGGCUUGUAACAUUUUUGCACAGGACGGGUCUUCUCUGACAAGUAUUAAAUGCAUUUUCAGCCAGAUGAUGUAUGUUUUGCUUUAGAAUUUCCAAAUACAUUUUCGUGCAGUGUUGUCAUCGUUAAGCCAUGCUUUAUAUUUCAAAUGUGUUCUAUUGCAGAAUAUUGUAUUAUAUGAAUUAUGCAUCAAGAAAAUAAAUUUGACUUAACCUUCUUGUAA